AUGUCUGACGCUGCUGCUGCUUGCAAUGUCUGUGCGAAGGAGUCGUCGAACGACAUUAUUCUUAAAAGAUGCGCUACAUGUAAGACCCAAUGGUACUGCUCGCAUGAGUGCCAGAAGGCCGAUUGGAAGACACAUAAAAAGACUUGUGGCAAGAAUGCCAGCGGCAUAUUCGCCAAUACAACCUGGACCGGCCGUACUCGUCCCCAGAACCUCGAGGCCUUUAUCGAGAGGCCGUUCCACCAGUUGCACAGCAAGAGCUGGCUCCACAAUCGCCCGGAGAAGGAUGUCUACAAGCUCCUUAUCGAUACCUAUCGAAUGAAGACAGAGGACCAAUACACCAUCGAAGGUGAAGUCGAUGAGGACUCUAUCUAUUCCGGUCAACCUGACAGUCGCUAUGGGUUUCGUCGUUUUCUACGCCUAGUGGAGCAGAAACCCGACUUGCUUCCCUCAUGGUGGUCUCCCGAGAAAGCCAACGCGUGCGUGGCCUAUGGGCUGAACAAAGACAAUUGGAGCUCGCUCGACUGUUGCGCCGAGAAGGGGGACUUUAUCGAACGCUACGGGGAUUCCACCUUUCCAAUGCAAAUGAGAAUGUUCGGGGAGCAGAUUUGUGGUGAAUAA